CAGGGCCAACGGAAGAUCGUCGCUCUCAUUUUACGAGUUUUUUUUUUUUCGUUGCUUUCUUAGUUGUGUGUGUUCGUGAAAACCAAACAAAAACAGGCACUACCAAACAGAAGAAAAUUCGUAUUUCUGUGUAAACAUCAUCACAGUUCUACAGUACACCUUCUUCGUUUUCCGAGAAAUUUUCUUCUUCCCUCCAAAGAUUUUUAGCCCUACGCUGAUUGUUUUUGCAGCAGGAGUGAACCCCAUAUGUCACAUUUUUGAAACUGAUUUGAGGGUUUUUCCCAUGUCGGGUUCCUCCAAAUUGCGACUGGUUCGAUGCCCCAAGUGUGAGAAUCUUCUCCCGGAGCUCGCUGAUUAUUCUGUUUAUCAGUGCGGUGGAUGUGGUACCAUUCUACGAGCGAAAAUUAGAAAUCAGGAAGAAGACUCUGUGUCUGAUAAGUCGGAUGAAGACGGGGUUGGUGGGUUGUCUACUAAAUCCACUACUUCUCCUGAAAAAGGGACGGUUGAUCUUAGUGAUGAUGCCUCUGAUGUGGAUUUAAAGGCGAGUCCUGAUUCUUUGCCUUGUGAUCUUAAGGGCUCAGAGAUGGAUAAAGUGGAAGGUGCUGAGAAGGAUGUUAACUUGAAUAUGGAUAAAAAUGGCUUGAGUGAUUUGAUGGGAACGGAACAAGUGGAUUUGAAUGUUCAGAUGAACAUGAUGAAGCUUGGAUCAGGAAGAGAAUUGGAUUGGAAAAGGGGAGAGACAGGUGAGAUGGGAGAUGGGGUUGAGAAGAAUUCAAGGGGUAAUGUGAAAAGUGUGAGGUUCUCAACUCCGAACCACGAAGACGAUCAAACGAAUCGUCAAUUGGAGUUCAUGUCUGGUGUGCAGGAGCUUUUAACGGGUCGUGGCAAUGCCAAUGGAGCUGAUAAAGUUAAGCACCUCGAACAGGACCGACUCGAGCUUCUGAGGAAGCUGGACGAGUUGAAGGAACAACUUGGUCAGUCUUGGCCAGUCCCUGCCGAUGGUGGAAUGAGACCUCCUAAACCUUUGAAUCACUCUGGUGCUUGGCCUAUGGAUGGUUCUUCAGGAUCAAAGUAUGUUGCAGGCUCUUCAUUUUCCAACCAUUGUUCAGAACCAUUUCCUGUUGCCAAUGGAAUUGAGAUGCCUGUCCAAAGCUAUUAUCCGAACAAUACAUCUCAUUUUGGUGACCCUUUUGGAUCGCAAAUGCUUAGACGAAACUCCUGCCAGUUUUCGUGUGCGCAUCAACAGCACCCUCACCAAUAUCAUUCUGGCCAUUAUGUCGAUACCAGUUUGGAUUCGUUCAAUCACUACCCUCCAAAUCCUCCCUUUCAUCAGCCUUCUUGCUCUUGUUUCCAGUGCCAAAAUAGAUACUCACAGGUUCCAUCCUCACUACCUGGUAGCGCUUACUUCAAUAGAAGGUUUCCUGAUGUUCCCAACAAUCCCUCACUAUAUUCUCAUGAGAACACGGCUGCUUAUGGGGCAUGUGUUAAUAAUAUUAGAACCACUAAUCCUCCCGUAAAUCUUCGUGAUCGACAAGCACAAUCACGAUGGCCAACUGACUUCAAUUCUGAGAUUGGUGGCGUCCUUGGCAAUCGUCCUCGGAGGACAGUCUUAGUGAGUGGUGGCCGUAAUUGCCAUCCAAUUGCUGGUGGUGCUCCAUUUCUAACAUGUAACAAUUGCUUUGAAAUGCUACAACUUCCUAAGAAGCUUAUGAUGGUUAAGAAUCAGCAAAGUGUUCGUUGUGGAGCUUGUUCUACGUUGAUCAAUUUUACGGUUAUCGACAAGAGACUUGUUUUCUCCAAUCAUUCACGGGGAGGUCGAUUUCCCUCAGAGGUUGAUGAUAGUGAUGAACUGGCUGUCAGAGAUUAUAAUUCAAAUUUUGGUCACUUGAACCGUACUAAUUUCUCUUCUGAUGAUUAUGAUAACAACACUCUUUACGAUUUCGAGUCACUAGAUAGAGAGCCUGUGCUACAGCCCAUCGGUACUGGUUUAAGCUCAAAUAAGCAACAAGAGAUGCCAAGUUUUCAUCCUACAUCUUCAAGCACCUCAGAGGAUGAGGACAGUCCAGAUCUUUCAACUGCUCCAAGGGAGGCUACAAACAAUUUACACAAUUUAAUCAAGACGACACGCUCUCCUCCCCUUCCUGGCUCACCGCUUCAGUCAUACUUCGAUUACUCAUCUAAUAACCAGACUGCAAACAGGUUUACCAAGGGAAAUCGAAGUAGCCGUUCAGAUCAGGAGAAUGUGAAACCAAAUAAGGUUAACUCGCGACAAAACUCUUUGAAAGAAGCAUCACUGGCAACCGAGAUGGAUGUGUCGAUGAACGACUACUCUGAUACCAUGGCGUUUCCUGAGACAAAGGAUGCAAGUAAAGAAGAUAACCAGCCAAGAGCUAGUAAAGGAGGGGAGUCUUUUUUUGCAAACAUUAUCAAGAAGAGUUUUAGAUCUAAUCAAGUCGACGAUCGGAGCAGAAGUAAUGUUUCAGUUAAUGGACAGUUUAUAUCGUAUCGUAUGGUUAAGAAAGCUGAAAAGCGUGCUGGACCGAUCCAUCCCGGAAAAUACUGGUACGAUUCCCGGGCUGGAUUCUGGGGCGUCAUGGGCGGACCUUGUCUUGGCAUAAUCCCCCCUUACAUCGAGGAAUUUGACUACCCCAUGCCAGAGAAUUGUGCAGGAGGAAAUACUGGUGUUUUUGUGAAUGGCAGAGAGCUUCACCUAAAGGAUUUGGAUUUGCUUGCUGGUAGAGGGCUGCCCACUUCAAGGGACAGAUCUUACAUUAUCGAGAUCUCUGGCCGAGUUCUCGACGAGGACACCGGUGAAGAGCUCGAAGGCCUCGGAAAACUUGCUCCAACAGUUGAGAAGGUAAAGCAUGGAUUUGGCAUGAAAGUUCCAAGAACAGCUUCUUAAUUGGGAACACAAACCUCGUAAUCAAAUCCUGUAUCUCAGUUGGUAUGUUCGCAAAGGUUUUCUUGUCUAAAUUACCAGAGCAUUGUAAUGUUUUAUAUGUUUUUGUUAGUUUAGUGUCAGUGUUUGUGUGGCAUGUCUGUGUCUGUAUUCAACUGUUGAUAAGUUCCCAAGCUUUCCACCAUUCUUUGUUCAUGGAAAAAGAAAAAUUUUGUUACUUAAGAAGAUGAACAUGAACUCAAAAGGGACCAUAAUAUUUAGGGGAGGGGAAAGGAGAAAAUUAAUGAGCCCUCGCAACACGAGGAGAUGAGAUGAGAUGAGUCCAGUAGUCACUGUCACUGCCACUGCCACUGUCCCAGACAGUGAUGUUGGAAUUGCUUCUGACUCAACUAAAAAUUGAAGACAAAGCAUCCAUAAAACAAAGUGAAAAAGAAAAAGUAGAGAAUAAAGGGAAAGGAAAAAGGUUGUGUGAAGUAUAGAAGAAUGUUAGUUUGUUUUGAAAUCAGAAAGAAGACAAUGGAGCUGCCAUGGGCGUUGGCAAGACACUUGGCCUCGCUGCUCGCUGCUCGCUGCUGGCCACAGGUAGGUAACAAGUUUAAGGUCAUUAGGGCGACAUCUGGGCAUUGUGUAGGUCAACCUCUAGUCUGUUGCACCUCAACCCUCGUCUUCCAAGAUCAUCAAUUGCAAGUAAUGAAUGAUACCCAUUUCAGUGCAUCAGGAUCAUUACUGCUUUUGUACAAAGUUGCCCAUUUCAAUGCGUUGAAGUGCUAAAACAACUUCUAUUCUACCUAUUCUUUAAUAGCUUCCUUUACUAUAAGUUUCGUUCA